GAGGGUUUGCGGGGGUCUGAGGUGGUGGAAGAGGCUGCAGCAGCUGCCACAAGUUGUGAUUCUUGGAUCCAGCAGAUGUUUGAUCAGGUGCUCAGUGCUUCUUGCUUGAGGCUUUCCCUCCAGGCUGGCCAGGCAGUCACUGUGUUGGCCCUGGAAAGAUACAUGGCGGAAAUCCCAUCGCCUGGCACACCAUCCAAGGCAACUGUUAGUAACAGUCACACACACGUUGCUCCCUUGCCGACUUACUGUUACGAUGUGACCAUCACGGAUGGUGUGUAUCAAGAGAAAUGUCUCCUAGCCCCUGAGCUGAACCAGCUAGUACACAAAAAUGCCCUGCGCUGUGGCUUGCGUGUGGAAAUCACACAGUGUUCGUACAUGUACAACGAGAAGAAGUUGUGUAAUGGUUUUCUGUGCAUUGAACAGCUCAAAAUCGUGGGGGUGUCAGAUGUAGGCGCUCCCCUGGAGCAAAAAGAAUACAAAGCAAAACCCAGAGUGCCACUGAAGGGUGGCAAGAAACAUUAUCUUCCUUUGUGGAAUAAUGAAGAUCCACAUGGGGACAUAUGGGUAAAAAAGAAGCUUUCACAAGAUGUUUGUGUUGAUGAAUCCAAUCUAACUUCUCUCUUUCAUCUGGAAAUGAGCUGGAAGACCAAAAUGAGUUUCCAACCCUUGCUUGUUAGAGUCCUGAAUAAAGCCAGGUUACGGUACUAUGGGAAACCUGACACAAAACUAGAUGUGCCUUAUCAGGCCUAUUUUGAAGUGGCAGAUCAUUCUGGUAUGAUGUCACUUGUCCUGUGGAACUCCUUAUGCCUUGAAUGGUAUAACAGUUUGAAGACUGGCACAGUGCUGCUACUUGAACAAUAUGCUGUGAAACCAAGUUACCCUUUCAAAACACAGCCAAGUCCUGGGGAUUUGCAUAUGAAGAGAUUCUCUUCAAUAGAAAUCUCCUUGAAUGUUCGAGAUCCUCCAGCUAGAAUUCACAUUAUUCCAGAAAGUAAGGUUAAAAAAGAGUGGAAGUUGCCUGAAAUUAAAUACCGUUUCAUAACAAGGUCAGAACUACCAAACUUACCAAACAAUCAUUUCUGUGAUAUUAUUGGACUUGUAAAAUAUGUAGGAAGAACUGAACGUACCAGAAAAAGAGAACAUGGGGAAGAUUUCUGGAUCUAUCGUUGGGUACAUGUUGUUGAUGGGACCUCAGAAGAGCCUUUCAUACUGGAAUUGUUUGCUACUUCUCAGCCUGAUAUUUUUGAACAAAUUCAUCCAAUGACAUAUUUGGUAUGUACACAGAUGAGGGUGAUAAGAGAUACCACUGAAAAUGGCUCCUGCACAACUUACCUGACAACUUCUAAUGAAAGUCAAAUGUUUAUUACAGGGUGGCACAAAGGCCAGCCGUAUACAAAAGAUACCAAAGUGAAAAGCUUUAUCCAGUGGAUUAAAACUCAGAAGGAAGCUUAUCAUAUGGAGAAAACAGGAAUGGGUGGAUAUUAUCCUUUUCCACCAGUCCCAAAUACUUUUUCAAAGUAUUGCAAAAAUAAUAAAGUUGAAUCAAUUUUGACAACCAUCAGUGAAAUGAAGAAGGAGAUUGAAAGCCUGCACUACAGGGAACACAAACGCAUUGCUAUUCAGGGGAUAAUUAGUGCUAUAAGAUAUGUCAGCUGUGGCAGUACAUCUCAAGAUGCCUCAGGAGUUGAACCAAUGCAGAUCAACAAGGAGCCAUUAUUGCAGAGUUCUAUGUCAAAAAGUAAUCAUAUGAAGGAAAGAAGGAAGACAGAUCAACAAUCCAGAGAAAAAAGUUCUGUGCAAAGGUCACCACUACCUGUGCAGGAGCAGCAAUACAUAGUAACCAGAAAAGCUCAGGCAAAGAGAAAGAGUGAGACUGUGGGGGCAAGGGGCCCUCCUAUGUCCAGAAGUCCAUAUUUCACAAGAUCAUCAGGCAAGAAAAUCAUGUUGCAUACAGACUUGAAAGAAAAUUGCCUUUCUAGAAAAAAGAGUCAAGAAAUGACAGAAUUAACUCAGCCUUCUGGAAGUAACAAAGAAAAGUCUAGUGUGCCUGAAAUAGUUCAAGCGGAAAGGAUAUGUCAUAAUUCCUGGCAAAGUGCUCUCUGGACAGCAGUAAAAGACAACUUAACACAACACUUGCACUACAGCAGAGUCUUCCCAGAAAGCUUUCCUUGUAAAUUUGAUUACAUGCACAAAGAAUUCCUUAUGCAACGAUAUAAUCUUCAGGCAGCCAAAUGCAAACCAAAAGAAUGGAAAACAAAUGAAGGAAUGAUUUGCUUUGAAAAUGCUUGUCCCCUUGAAUACUAUGAAGUGGCUAUUCUUGGCAUAAAUCAUGACAUAGCUGUAGAUGUUGCCUUCCUGCCUGUAUGUUGCCCUGAAGAUUCCCAUUUAUUCCGAGCAGAAUUAAAUGAUGCAGUAUUGACCAGCAUGAGUGGUACUUCAUGUCAACAGGAGACUAUUAACAAAGAAGGGCUUUCUGAGAUAUUUUCAUUUUCAGAUGAAGUUGUAAAAGCGGCAACUGACCUGGAAAAACAACAUGUCAUCUGUAUCCUGGAUAUCUGUUCUUUGACUGAAGAGAAAGUUGAAGUCUUCCUUAAUAAAGUGUAUAAAAUUACAGAAGCUGAUGUAAUAAACCAGACUUAGUUAAUAUUGAC